AUGUCUAACGCGCCGCUGAAUAUCCCUGGGUUCUAUUUUGAUGCAGAGAAAGGAAAGUACUUCAAGAUUGUUACCGAUGGGGCUUCUGGUACGCCAAACUAUAGUCGCGAGAAUUUAAAGCGGAAGCAGCAGGAGGAAAGUAGACGACAAAGCGAAGAUGAUUACAGAGAUCGUGCGCUGCAAGCCAGGCGUGAAAUGGUUUUACAAAUUUUGAAGGGUAGGGAUUCUGGUCUACAGCAUGAGCAACUACGAGGAAUUCAGUGGCUAAAGCAAAGUUAUCUGGGAAAUUCUUUAGAUAAAGCUAACUACAGAGAAUAUCAAGACGUUUUUGCGGGCGAGACUGUUGGAAAACUAAGUUGUGAUAUGGUAUAUGAUUCAAAAAAGAAGCUGUUCAGUUUUUUUGGUGACCGGGGGGCCCUCUAUUGGGUAAAAGACGAUGGUUGCAAUUUCAGAAAGACCCCAAUCUCCCUUGGAACUGGCUUUACUUUAGAAAAUUCUCGUCCUGUUAUAAAUUUAUGUACAGAUACUAUUCUGGGGCACUUGGUUCAGACAGAGCAGGCUUGUUUCCUUUGCAUGGCCUCAAGCAAUACAACACAGCCGAAGCUUAUAAAACUUCAGCUACCUUCGAGAGGAGAGAUAUUUGACUCCAUAGCAUUUGAUUUUGCUGAUAAUUUAAAGCUCAUUUGCCUUUCUAUGGCAAGCACAGUGCAUUUUGUAAUAUUAAGCGACACUGACAUCGGUAGAGUCGAAUUAACGUGGUUUUACAAUCUACCGAAAGCUAUUAAGUCCGACAUAUUGUCACUUACCGGCAACAAGAAAGAAUUACUCGGUAAAAGAUGCUAUGACAUCUUUCUGGGCUGCAGAAAUGGCCAAAUAUGUCGAUUGAUGCUCGAAGUAGCAGAUUACAAGGCCACUAGUCCUCCUGAUCUGCAUCCCUUGAAACCCAUAAGUAAGCUAUUCUUCAGCUUCGAUAAGCCCAUAUUGUCCAUGAAAUGUAUAAGCAGGACAAAUUUUAUUGCUGUCUCAAUAAUUGGCUACCCCCAACAGAACUUGUGCAUAAUCAAUGCUACUGCGAAGUCCGAAAACCCAGUUGUAGUCCAAUUUAACACCAAAUUUCAAAAUGUAUUCAAGGUAACAGAGAUAUUCAGCAUUACUGGUGAUGGUAAGUUUCUGCUCUACGGUACUACAAGUGCUGGCGAUGGCAGGGGAGAUUUUGAGAUCUUUUCGACUGAUGUACAGGAGGAAGUUGUUACUGAUUUUGAUAAAAGCAAUCUAAUUACUAUAGUUUACAAAUUGAAAACCAUGGAUGACUGUUUUCCAAAUAACUCGUUAAAAAAACUCAUAUCAGCGGCAUUAUACACCAGCAAUAGUGUGGAAGCAUCUGAUUACGAGGUUAUACAGCCCGGUGACGAUCAGUACCCAGCUCAAGUUUAUAGUCACGUGACUGGAUACGCUAAUGCAUUUCGACAUACAAGAGCAGCUAUUUUAUGUAAAGUUAAUGGAGAAGUGGGAAUGUCGAUGAAAUCAAUUGAUAUCGUAUAA